GAUUAGAAUAAUGGAGUAAUAAUGUGGAAAAAGAAAAGAGAAAAUGAAAAAUAAAAGGGGUGGAAAAAAAAGGAAAGAAAGAAAUGAGUUCCUCUGAAAAUUAAUGGUGGAGGGAACGAGAAGGGGGAAUUCGUCUCUCUCUCUCUCUCUGAAAUUUAAAUGCGGAUGGGAUUCAGAUGAGACGGAGCCACCCACUCCACGUGCAGCCCCAGGCACGACCGGUCAUCCCUCUGCAUCAAAGCAAUUUAUCCAGCAAAGCUCCGACCGAUCAGGUAAUUUUUAUUUAUUUAGCCCUAAUCUUUUCCCCUCCUUUAACUUGGCAGCAAUGUCAAACAUGGGCGGUGAAGUGUUGUCAACUACAACCGUCUCCUCCUCACACGAAUACGAACGAGACUGCAUUCGAAUACAGGAUCAGCUGAAGACGAAACUAGUUGUUGGAGAUGAUUUCGCGUGGAUCCUACCUUCCGGUUUUUCUAGCAGCCCGGCCGCGGCGGAGGGGGAGGCGGAGGAGGACAAGAGUCUUCUGAGGUACAUCGGAGGAGUUGAUGUCAGCUUCUCCAAAGCAGAUCGUAACUCCUCUUCAUCUUUAGCCUGCGCUGCUCUCGUAGUAUUGGAUGCUCGCUCUCUCAAACUUAUCUAUGAAGAUUACACCCUUGUCCGAAUCCAUACACCUUAUGUUCCUGGAUUUCUUGCUUUUAGAGAGGCUCCUGUUCUCCUGCAGCUUUUGGACAAAAUGAAGCGUGAUGAUCAUCCUCAUUACCCACAGGUGUUGAUGGUUGAUGGCAAUGGCUUACUUCAUCCUAGAGGUGGGUUUCGAGAAAAUUAAUUAUUUUUGAGAUGGAAUGGGAUUGGAGGACUUAGUUUAUUUAGAAAAUUACGUUUAGAAAAUUAUUUAUUUCCUUAUGUAAUCAGGAGUCCUUAUGUAAUUGGAUUAGUAUCAUUUUAUAAAUAAAGAAAGAGAGAAGGGUUAACUUAUCUCUCUAACCUCUUCAAUUUUCCUGAA